AUGGUAACAGGAGGUACAGUAAUUGCGUGGUUAGAAAAUUAUUUACAAGAUCGCAAACAGAAAGUUCGAUUUAGAGACCAAUUGUUAUCUGAAAUGGAUAGUAAUACAGGGAUUCCUCAAGGCAGAGAUCAAGCUAUUUUAUUUAACACUCUAGAAAAUUGUACAAUUAAUGACUAUCUUGAAGGAUUGAGUCAGCAUACAGAACCGAAAAAUAUAAUUUUUGCAUCCCGUAUAUCAAACGGUAGAAUAUGCAUAUACCUAUCAUCCAAAAACCUAGUAGAUAAAUUCAUAGCAGAAACAAAGAAGAUAAUAGUAAAUGGAAAUAUACUAGAAGCGAGAAGAUUAAUAACUCCAUCAGUCCGCUUAAUUCUGUCCAAUGAAUGUCCAAGCAUACCUUCUAACUUAAUAAUGGACGAAUUAAUAAAACUAGACAACUUUGUACUACCUGAAUCUUUUAUUAUCGAGUUGGAACAAACAUCAUACCGCAUAUUUAUAGCCCAAAACGAAAAUUGUUUCAAAUGCAAAUUAACUGGACACCAUGCAGCUAAUUGUCCAAAUAUUUCACCUUCUAACCAUUCUCACAAUGAUAGUGCAAUACAAACAGAAAUGAGACAAAAUUCAUCAAUAAAUCAUACUCAACAAGAUAAUUUACAAAAUACUCCCGCAAUCUCAAAUACCACUCCCUCCACACUUACCACGUCUUCUCAAACCACAUUACAAACAGUAGCAAUCCCAAAUUUAUCAAUAAACCAAACCCAACAGUGCUCACUACAAAAUACAUCUAUACAUUUGACCACUUCUCCAGUUAACACUACAAUCGCAACACCUACAUCGUCUGAGUCAUCUUCUAAUACCCAAAAACAUAAAUCAACCUUACCCGAAACAAAAAACUUUGAAAAACCUAAGCUUCAACUAAAGAAAAAAACCAAAACUGAUGACAAAAAUUUAGGAAAUGAUAUACCAAAUCUCCAAACAUUACUAGAACCAGUUAGAGAAUAUAUACAAAGGGAAAAGCAAUUGUUAAGCUUCGAUCAAGUAGUGGAUCUAUUCGAAAAUAUACAAGGAUCAAAAGACAUAAUCAGCGUAACAAAAUUGUACUCAGAAGACUCUCAUGCACUUAUAAAGUUUCUAUCGGAAUUACAUCCAUACUACAUCGACAGAAGAAUGAAAACCAAAAGCACCAAAUUAAUACGAAAACUUGGCAAAUACAUAUGUCUUCUCUCUGCAGUGAAAACUCCAUUGUCGGAAGAAGAUUCCGACUCAUCGAUAAAUAAUUCCUCUAAAGAAUAA